UCCCCUCACGGGCCCGGGGCGGGCCCAAGAUGGCGGCGGCCCCGCCCCGCCGCGCGCGGGAAGCGCCGCGGGCGGGAGAUCGUGAGGGCAGCGAUGGCGGCGGCCGGCGACGAGCAGCGGGAGAUGCUCGCACAGAGGCUGAAGGCGGCGGUUCACUACACAGUGGGGUGCCUGUGCCAGGAGGUGGAGGAGGACAAGGACGUGCAGUUCAGCAAGCAGAGCAUCGCGGCCAUCGCGGAGAUCACCUUCCGGCAGUGCGAAAUCUUUGCAAAAGACCUUGAAAUGUUUGCAAGGCAUGCAAAGCGAACCACAGUCACUGCAGAAGAUGUGAAGCUCUUGGCUAGAAGAAGCAGUUCUUUGCUAAAAUAUAUCACUCAGAAGAGUGAAGAGCUUGCAUCAAGUAACCUGGAGCAGAAGGAGAAGAAGAAAAAGAAGUCCAGUGCAGCUAAGGGAGAGAGGUCUCCUGGGGACCAAGAAGCAGCUGUGACUGAGAAUGAAGAUUCCAACAUGGCAUGAUUUGUCUGUUGAGUAACGUUUCAGGUCAUUUACUGUCCUAGAGAAACCAGAGUUAGCCUAUUUGUCUUGCAGGUUAGGUCAGUAAUGAAUCUUUAGCAUUUAAUGAAUGCAAUUGGAUUUUUAUUGUUCCAAAAAUGAAAAGCCUGUCAGAAUUCAGUGAGUUUACAGCCAAAGUGCCUUAAUUGCUCACAAAAGGUAUCUGUUAUUAAAAUUAAAAUACUUUAAAUAAAGAAUUUGAAAUAGACCAAUCUCACUGAAUAACUCCGUAUGUGCAAUACCCUUCAUUCUGCUACUUUCUCUAGCAAAAAUUUCUCUUGA